AGCUGGCGAAGCAGCCGAGCGGGACGGAGGUGCAUCGCUCUGCGUUCGUCUCCCGAAAAGUGACAUAAGCCGUUCUGUGCAUCGCUCGCCCGGCUUCCUAUUCUUAAAAAAGCAACCUCGGGAGUCCGGAGAGGCAUUGCACUUUUUGCAAUCUCUUUGCGUUUUUGCAAUUUUGACACACACACACACACACAACCAUGGUGGUCUUUAAGCGGGUCAAGGCGUUGCGGCUGGACUUCGAGGAGAACGGCCGGGUCUAUUCCAGCGGCGAGAAAGUGGCCGGCCGCGUGGAAGUGGAGGUGGCCGAGGUCACGCGUGUCACGGCCGUGCGGUUACUGGCCUGCGGGGUGGCCCGCGUGCUGUGGAUCCGGGGGCCCCAGCAGUGCAAGCAGGAGAUGGAGUACCUGCGCCACGAAGCGGUGCUCCAGCUGGAGGACCAGCCCGCCGAUAAAGACGGUUCCGUUUUGCUGAGACCGGGAAACGUAUACCAAUACAAGUUUGAAUUUGAACUGCCCCAAGGGCCCCUGGGCACCACCUUUAAGGGCAAAUACGGCUGUGUGGAUUACUGGGUGAAGGCCUUCUUGGAUCGUAGCUCUUUCCCAACUCAAGAGGUGAAGAAGCGGUUUGAAGUCAUGGAUCAAAUUGACGUCAACACUCCAGAUCUGAUGUCUCCGGUCUCUGCCAAAAAGGAGAAGAAAGUUUCUUGCAUGUUCAUCCCAGACGGGCACGUCUCUGUUAGCGCCAGGAUCGACCGCAAAGGAUUCUGUGAAGGUGAUGACAUCUGCAUCAACGCCGACUUUGAGAAUACCUGUUCUCGGAUCGUGGUGCCCAAGGCGGCCAUCGUGGCCAAGCACACCUACCUGGCCAAUGGCCAGACCAAGAUGUUCUCCCAAAAACUCUCCUGUGUCCGAGGAAAUCAUAUCACCUCCGGCAUGUCUGAAUCUUGGCGGGGGAAAACCCUUCGAGUCAGGAAAAUCAAGCCAUCCAUUCUGGGCUGCAAUAUCCUGCGCGUGGAGUAUUUCCUGCAGAUCUACGUCAGCGUCCCCGGCUCCAAGAAGAUCAUCCUUGAAUUGCCCCUGGUCAUCGGCAACAAGUCCAGCUUCGGCAGCCGCAAUUCCAGCAUGGCCAGCCAGACCAGCUCCGAGAUGAGUUGGGUGGACUUAAACAUGCCCGAUGUCCCAGAAGCACCUCCAUGCUACCUGGACAUCAUUCCUGAAGACCAUCGGAUCGAAAGCCCCACCACUCCUCUCUUGGACGAACUGGACAAUUCCUUCGACAGCCCCAUCUUCAUGUACGCUCCCGAGUUCAAAUUCAUGCCGCCACCAACCUACACAGAGAUCGAUCCUUGCACUGUCAACAACAACAUCGUCCAGUGAACCGGCAUGGCUGUGAUUUUAUCCAGCUUUUUUUUUUUCCUGGACUCCUUUAAAAAAAAAGAAAAUUGCCCUUGUAGCAAUUCUGCAACAAAAGGCGAAGAGGACGUUUCCAGGUUAUCAAAAUCGACCUCUCAGGAAAUGAGUCGGCAAGGAGAGCAAGAAACCAACUUCCUAGUGCCUUUACUUAGCACACAGGUGUUCCAGAGGACAAAAAAAUGGGGGCAUGUAUGAAAGGGGGGAGGGGGUUCCCUUCCUCAAAAGCCUUUGCAGGAGCAUUUGCCCCCUUGCAAACAAACCGACAGGUGCUAAUGCGAUUGUAGGGUGAUAGGUAGAGGCAGGCGUGUCUCGUUUUUUUUCCCCUCCUUGACACAAGGAAAAAAAAAAGAGGGAUGAAAAAAACUCCAAAAAAAAAGAUUUUUUUGAGAUUUGGGUAGUAGGGACUUCACUGCUACCGAGGCACAAAAAUUCAUACCUCUACAAUUUUUUGUAGGUGUUGACUUUCUGCAGUUGACAAACAAAAAAAAGUAGCUCCAGCCGCUUCGGGUGCAGAAAUUGGCUGGAGGAGUUUUCGAUGCAGAAGGGGAGGAUUUCUUGAGCUGCUCAUAUAUUGGGUGGAGGUUGAAUGGAGGGGGGAGUUCCCCCUCAGUCUUAAUCCCCCCACCAUCUUAAUCGUGGCAGCCUUGGGAGGAAAGAGCAUGUAGGGGGAAGAGUGGAUAGGAAAAGGGAUCAGAGGUUAGUUGAGGAGGGGGCUUCCCCUCGCCAGCCUCCAGGAAGAAAGGAGAAAAGUUGGAAAACCUUGUAUAGCAAUAAUGAAACUUAUUGCUGCAUCCGAAGGCCAAAGAGCCUAUAUAAGCAAAUAAAUAAGAGCUUGUUGAACAAUGCAAGAUAGCAACUUGGGUCCUCUUGAGUUGUUAACUUUUUUUUUUAUAGCACUUAAAUCCUGUUUUGUUUUCCUUUUGUCUAUAAAUCUGUUAAGCAAACCACCCUUUUUUUU